CUCAGCUGUACUUCAUUUGUUUUGGAAGCGAGCGACAGUUUUCUCUUUACUUUUUCACGCGGAUUUCAGCUGGUGCUCAGAAAAAUGUCAUCGCCACAGUCGAAGCCUCAGAUUAUUGCGCAUAUUCAGAAGAGUCUGAACUACACGGUUUUUGACAGUAAAUGGAUUCCCUGCAGCGCGAAGUUUGUCUGCCUGGGAAACUUUCCCAGAGGAACCGGAGUGAUUCAAAUAUAUGAAGUGCACCAAGGCGAAGCUCAGCUCAUAAAGGAGGUAGAGAAACCUAAACCUAUAAAGUGUGGGACAUUUGGGGCCACCUCUCUUCAGCAAAGACACAUAGCAACUGGGGAUUUUGAUGGAAAUCUCAACAUAUGGAAUCUAGAGACCCCUGGUGUACCUGUAUAUGCUGUAAAGGCCCACAAAGAGAUUGUGAAUGGUAUUGAUGGUGUUGGUGGUCUGGGAAUUGGUGAUGGAGCGCCUGAGAUAGUCACUGGAAGCAGAGAUGGCACAGUCAAAGUGUGGGAUCCCAGACAGAAGGAUUCCCCUGUAGCUAACAUGGAGCCCAUGGAAGGAGAAACCAAGAGGGACUGCUGGACUGUUGCAUUUGGUCAUGCUUUCAAUGAUCAGGACCGCUGUGUUUGUGCUGGAUACGACAAUGGUGACAUCAAACUCUUCGAUCUGCGGAAUAUGUCUCUACGGUGGGAAACCAACAUUAAAAAUGGGGUAUGCUGCGUGGAGUUUGACAGGAAAGACAUCAGCAUGAACAAGCUGGUGGCCACUUCGCUGGAGGGAAAGUUCCACGUCUUUGACAUGAGGACCCAGCACCCUACCAAAGGCUUUGCCUCUGUUUCCGAAAAGGCUCAUAAGUCAACCGUCUGGCAGGUGAGACAUUUGCCUCAGAACAGAGACAUCUUUAUGACCACAGGGGGAGCAGGCAACCUACACCUAUGGAAAUAUGAGUAUCCCGCUCAGAGAAGCAAGAAAGACUCCGAUGGUGUUGAUGUAGGUGUAGCUGGAUCCGUCAACCUCUUACAGAAUGCCACUCUGUCUAGUCAGCCAAUUGCCAGUCUGGACUGGAGCCCAGACAAGCAGGGCCUGUGUGUGUGUUCGGGUUUUGACCAGUCUGUCCGUGUACUUAUUGUCACUAAACUUAAUGUGGUCUAAAAUUUACACUGCAUAAAAGACAUUUUGUGAUCUGUGCAGCCAGCCUAAUAUGGAAAGAAACACAGCUGCAGAGAUACACCAGCAGUGUGUAAAUCAAACUUUCUGUGAUGAACUGCUACUACUAGUAGAAGACCCAUUUUUUUUUCUACUGCAAGCCUUGGAAAUUGCUUAUAUCUAUUUUAAUCAAUACUUAUUUGCCAAAAAAAAAAAGUAUUCAAAUUAACUGGGAAACUAGUUUGGGUUUGACCAUUUUUUCCCCCCUCUUUUAAACCAAAAAAUAUGUAGUGUUUGGCUGAGCCCUGCAGACAAUAUUAUCCUUUACUGCAGAGAAACAUCCCUAUAACACAAUUAUACAUUUCCUGCAUUAUCACGAAGUCUCUAUGGGGAUGAAGAAAUAACUCAUGUAGCCUCUAGUUUGGAAUUACUGUGGGUUCAAGAUUUAUUUUCUCUCAUUUUCUGUUUUUGUAGGAGGAAACUGAAAAGUUUUCUUUUGUUGCACUGUGAGUGAACAUUGUUGUACUUGACUUUGUCUACUGUUAAAAGUUGUGGCUUUUGACAUGACAUUUUUUGAGAGGUGUUUUUCUAAAUUAAAUAUGUGUUUGGCGAAAAAAUGUU